CGUCACACAACAACUCCACUCUCAACUUCCCCACAAAACAAACCGAAAAAAAGCAAUACCAAAAUACAGGAAAAAGGAAAUAGAAAAUUUACCCAAGAUUCUUGAAAUUCUGCUGAAAAGGGACCGCAACUGCAGGACAUGCCUCACUAGUAGCGGUGAAAAUCUGCAAAAACCGCCGGUUCUUGAAAAGGGUUUCUGCAAAACUUUUGUGUUUCUGAUCAAAGAAAAUUUUGGGGAGGAUGAGUGAUUUCAGUGGGGUGGAGGAGAAAGAUUAUGUUUCCUUGAAGAAUCUCAAAGUGGAAUUCAGAAGAGAUGACGAUGCGGAGGAGGCAGAUGGAUGUUUCGCUCUGUGUUUCUGGAUUUACAUUGAUAGUUGUGUUUCUUUCCCGUCUUCAAUUCUUGUUCAGAAACACCCGGAUGUCACUUGUAAUAUGCCUUUCCUGUACCUGGAUGACAAGAAGAAAAUGAAGCUCUUUCCUUUGCUGUUUAUGCACAAAGAGGCUCCAAGUCCUGACAACCCAACUCCCUCGACUGAAAUUCCAUGCGCUUCCACUGAGAUUGAGUUCCCUAUGAAAAAAUGGGUUCAUGUUGGAUGUGAGGUUUUGAGGGAUCUCAUGAGGCUUCAUGUAGAUGGAGAAAUUGUCGGAGAAAAUCCUUUGACUUGCUCAUUUAACAAGGACUUGCACACAGAGGGUUUGAAAAGACUAUGCUUGGCAUGCCCCGAUGAAAAUGAAGAUAUAUUACAUGGUUAUGUUCAUGGGCUUGAUAUCAUGUUCCGAAAACCAGCUAUAAAAAAUCACUAUGUCAAGGAUCCUCCAUUACAACUGUCGAUUGACCAUUCAAGUGCAUCAGAAAUUGAAGAAGACAGCGAUGGUGUGUGGAGCAUUGUUGGGGGCAAGCAGGCAUCUUGCCGCAGGAUAUUUUCUCUGGAUGUUGUGUUAUUGGAUGCAUUUGGCGGUCAUGUGAACAAAGAAUUGGAGGUUGUGGCUUCUCUCCUGUAUGCUGACAAUGGAGUCCCUGUUGAGAACACUACUGAUGCAGAACCUCCCCUUCUUAUGAACUGCGAUGGUAUUGAAUAUGCUUCUCAUAAUAGACUGUGCAAACUGAUCAACGGGCGCGCUUCUUUUAAGCUCAAGAUAUCGCAGCUUUCUUCGAAAUGUGACAACAGGCUCUUCCAGAUAAUGUUUGACGUUCCAGGAUUGGGAAAAUACCCUUUCCUUGGGACCCUAUCUCUUCCUAUUCGUUGUGUUUCACGAAGUAGGAAUACACGAACAGCUUCGAUCACAUUGAGAAAGUCAUCCAAUAGAACUUACUAUGGGAAUGGAUGUGAAUCGCCUAGUCCUGAUGAUGGAUCAAUGCAACUGAUCACCAAUAUUGUUCGUGAAGCCAAACCAAGUCCAUCAUCAAAGCGGAUCAAAUUAGGACAAGACGUGCCAUUUGUGAUGUUCAAAGAAGAAGUUAGUCAAGCCAACAAAGUUCACCACUCUCAUGGUUGGACUGCUAAUCAGGAUAAUGCACAUGCAAUGAGUAUGAAGAGGAAACCAGAAGAUCAUUGUGGAACAGAGAACAAUUCAUGUGCUUCCGAUAAUAGUGAAGCAACAAACUCUGAUCCAAGAAGCAUGCUCAGUGUUUCAAGUCCAAUUUCAGAUUUGAUAAUAUUUAAAUACUGCCUAGGAGGUCCAGCAGAGAAAUGGCAUCUUCUCAAGGAAAUUGCGAUUUCAGCUACUGAAGAGCAACUAACACAUUUUGAAAAGCAGGUUUCCCUGUUUUCUGGAUGCUUACAUCAUAGGCAUCAAAUAAAAAUGGCAAAGAGAUUGGUGGAGGAGGGGAUUCAAGCUUGGACUUCAGUAUCAGGGAACAACCAUCACGUUCUGUGGGAGAAUCUGGCUUUCAGUAUUAAUGAACAAUUCAUGAAGAUAGCCUGCUCUACUCGUCCUUUAAUGGAUCAGGACCUUGAGUGUUUGAGGAGAAUAACUGGCUGUCGGGAUGCCGUUUUGCAAGAAGGUUUUGAGAGAAUGUGGUCAUGGUUAUUCCCAGUAGCUUUUACCUUGUCACAAAGUGCGGUUAAUGCAAUGUGGGAUUCAAUGUCACCUAUGUGGAUCGAAGGUUUUAUCACCAAAGAAGAAGCGGAAUCUUCACUUCAAGGCCCAGGAGGUCUUCAAGAUCCUGGAACAUUUCUACUACGAUUCCCUACGUCAAGGAGCUGGCCUCACCCAGAUGCGGGUAACCUCGUUGUGACUUAUGUUGACAACGACUACACCAUUCGCCACAGGCUUCUCUCUUUUGAUUUCAUUCACAGCUCUCCUUCCAAGGAAACGAGUGUAAAACCACUUCAAGACCUGCUGCUCCAAGAGCCUAAGCUCUCACGAUUGGGAAGGUACGGUGUCGACUUUUCUAUGUAAAAAAUAUUAUUCAAAUUACAUAGCCAUUCGUGCAACGUUGCAUAGAUUACAUGGAUGAGGUAGCUUGGUGAUUGCCACUUUGUGUUGACAUGAUGCAGAGUAAUAAGAAGUGAGUAGAGGCAUGGCCAUGGUGAAGUCAGUAAAAUUCCCAUUUUGCCCCUUGCUGAUUGUGAUAGAGCGCCAAGAAUGUGAGUGGCAGUUACUAUGUGUAUAGACUGCACAAUUUGUGCACAGCAUCUCAUCAGUGCUAGGCUUUAGUCAUUCACAACUUAUUUAUUUUUCUUUACUAAUUAGGUAGAAGAAACGAAUGUCAUUUUAUGACUAAAUAUGGGACUUUAUUUACCUCUUCUAAGUUUCUUAUUUUCUUCUAAUGAAUGAAUUGUU